UCAGGUAUCCAUCAGUUUCCUCCAAAAUUAUUUUCUAUUGUAUAAAGAUUCUGAUUCUGAGUAUUGGUUUUGCUUGCGAAACAAGGCUGUUGCCUCGAGGAUCACCGGGGAGAAGGUUUCUCAACCGUUGAGAAACUCUUCACCGACCAAUAAUAUUAGACGUUAACAAUGGCGGACUCGCCGGUGAAUUCACCUCCUGCUCCUGAAACCUCAAAUGGCACAUCGCCUUCAAAAGGGACAACACCGUCAGAUGGGUCAUCCCCGCCGACACCACCUUCUUCACCUCCACCCUCAUCGAUUUCUGCUCCUCCGCCAAAUAACAACGAUGGCUCAGCUUCUUCUUCACCUCCCCCUGCACCGCCAACUCAGGAAAUCUCACCUCCUCCAUCAGCGACAUCGCCCCCCGUUGUAGCUAAUCCGCCACCGAAAACCCCAGAGACUCCUCCUUCUCCACCUUCACCUGAAGGCUCAACUCCGGUAACGCCACCGGCGCCACCACAAACACCGUCGAACCAGUCACCCCCUAUAGAAAGACCAUCUCCUCCUUCUCCUGGUGCCAAUGAUGACCGUAACAGAACCAAUGGUGGUGGUAACAGAGAUGGUUCCACACCGUCACCACCAUCUUCAGGGAACAGAACUUCCGGUGACGGUGGCUCACUUUCACCGCCUCGGUCAAUAAGCCCUCCUCGGAAUAGUGGAGAUUCAGACUCAUCACUGUUAUCAGGAGAUCAUCAUCCACAAGCCAACAUUGGAUUGAUUAUUGGAGUUCUUGUAGGAGCAGGGCUUUUGCUUCUACUUCUAGUGUGUAUUUGCAUCUGUUGCAACAAGAAGAAGAAGAAAAAAUCCCCUCAGGUCAACCACAUGCACUACUACAAUAACAAUCCUUAUGGAGCACCCACAGGUAAUGGUGGUUAUUACAAGGGAACACCUCAAGAUCAUGUGGUGAAUAUGGCUGCUCAAGGAGGUGGGAAUUGGAGACCACAGCAACCUGUAUCUGGUCAUCACAGUGACAGUUCAAACUUAACCGGGAGAAGUGCUACUCCGUCGCCUCAAGCUGCGACUCUUGGUCACAACCAAAGCACUUUCACAUACGAUGAACUGUCCAUUGCAACAGAAGGUUUCACACAGUCCAAUUUGCUGGGACAAGGAGGAUUUGGGUAUGUUCAUAAAGGGGUUUUGCCUAGCGGAAAAGAAGUUGCAGUUAAGAGUCUUAAAGUUGGUAGUGGGCAAGGCGAACGCGAGUUUCAAGCAGAGGUUGAUAUCAUCAGUCGUGUACAUCAUCGUCAUCUCGUUUCUCUUGUUGGAUAUUGCAUCUCUGGUGGUCAAAGGCUUUUGGUUUAUGAGUUUAUACCUAAUAACACUCUUGAAUUCCAUCUUCACGGCAAGGGUCGUCCGGUUUUGGAGUGGUCUACACGAGUGAAGAUUGCACUGGGAUCAGCUAGAGGCCUUGCAUAUUUGCACGAAGACUGUCAUCCUCGUAUUAUCCAUAGAGAUAUCAAAGCUGCAAACAUUCUUCUUGAUUUCAGUUUUGAAACCAAGGUGGCAGAUUUUGGAUUAGCUAAGCUAUCUCAAGACAACUAUACUCAUGUCUCCACGCGUGUCAUGGGAACUUUCGGAUACUUAGCUCCAGAGUAUGCAUCAAGUGGAAAGUUAUCCGACAAGUCUGAUGUUUUCUCAUUUGGAGUAAUGCUUCUUGAGCUCAUUACAGGACGACCUCCAGUGGAUCUAACUGGAGAAAUGGAAGACAGUUUGGUAGAUUGGGCAAGACCGUUGUGUUUGAAAGCAGCUCAAGAUGGAGACUACAACCAGUUGGCAGAUCCCCGUCUGGAGCUAAACUAUGAUCAACAAGAGAUGGCUCGAAUGGCUUCUUGUGCAGCUGCAGCAAUCAGACACUCAGCAAGAAGACGACCUAAGAUGAGCCAGAUUGUACGAGCACUAGAAGGAGAUAUGUCAAUGGAGGAUCUAAGUGAAGGAACAAGGCCAGGACAGAGCACGUAUUUGAGCCCCGGAAGCGCGAGCUCGGAGUAUGACGCUAGCUCGUACAGUGCAGACAUGAAAAAGUUCAAGAAACUGGCGUUAGAGAAUAAAGAGUAUCAAAGCAGUGAAUAUGGUGGAACAAGUGAGUAUGGCUUGAAUCCUUCUGCUUCAAGUAGUGAAGAAAUGCAUAGAGGUUCAAUGAAACGCAAUACUCAGCUGUGAAGAGAACACACACAUACACUUCUCAUAAUAUUCACUUUCUUCCGUCUUCCUUAAUUUGUCUCAUUUUUUUACAAUGUUUUUUUUUGUUCAUUCUGCUUCAAAGAUUUGCAUUAUGAUGUUAUUAGGAGUUAUUUUUGACCAGAGAGAUUAGUGUGGUUUUGUUGAAUUGUAUAGUACAAAGCCUUAUUCCAUACCUAAGUUAUGGUUUUUAUUGUAAUAAAAUCCAAAAAAAUUGUAAAAAUCAUA